UACAUGCUAUUAAGGGUACUAUAUUACAUAGAAGAACAGGAAGUUUAUUUACCUAGGAGGGCUUUGGCACUGCUUUGCAAUCUUGUACCUAUUGUAUAAAUCUUACCCCAUGGGGCUUAGUCAGGAGCUCUCAUGCAUUUAGAGGUGAGUGUGGUACCAGUGGAACCAAGGACGUGCUGGCGAUAUCACAAAUGGAAAAAAAUAGGGACAGCUACAAGUAAGAAUUGCGUUUAAAGGCAAUGGAACGAAGUGAGCCACAAAAUUGCCUUAGCUACUGCUGUUUCUUAGCUAUAUAUUUAAUGUAUGCAUUGCCUCUGUGUAAGUUUUCCAUGUUCAGCCCUACAUCCUAGGGACACAAAAGUUAUGUGAUCUAGACCCAUGUUUGGAUUUUUUGUUGUUUGUUUUUUGUUGGUUUUUUUCAUUUCAUCUGUCAGCAGGGUAGAGGAAGGUAACAUCGAGGAGCAUUUGGGAUGUUUUAUUUUGCUUUCUGUGUUUUGGCAACAGCUGGCAUGGGCCAGCCCUUGAAAGAGUUUUGAAAUAAUACAGCAUUAACUGCCUCUAGUCAAAACAAUACUACUGGAGACCUUGGGUAAGGCUGGGAAGCAGAAGCUUCUGACAUGAAGGGAGUUGAAAUGACAAAGGACAGCUUGGAUGAAACUAAGAUUUGUUGUUACCUGCUCUGUGGAUAGGUUUCUUAUAUUGUGGAAGCUGGAGACGCAGUGCAGAGCCUACAAGUUUGGUGGCCAUGCAGAAGCAGUGACAAGUGCAGAGUUCUCACCAGAUGGGCAGGUGCUGGCUUCAGCUUCUCAUGAUCACACUAUCAGGCUAUGGAUUCCUUGCAUUCAUGGAGAAUCAUCAGUACUGAGAGGUCAUACAGCAUCUGUUCGGAGUGUGAGCUUCUCCCAUGAUAGCUGCUCCCUAGUUUCAGCAUCCAAUGAUAAAUUACUAAAAAUAUGGAGUGUUUGCUAUCAGCGCCCUUUGUUUACCCUAUUCCAACACACUGGUUGGGUUCGCUGUGCCAAAUUUUCACCUGAUGGAAGAAUAAUAGCAUCUUGUGGUGAGGACAAAGCCAUUAACAUCUGGGAUACAAGAAAUAAAAUUUGUGUUAGUAGCUUCUCAGAUUAUGAGGAAUUUGCAACUUUUGUGGAUUUCAACCCCAGUGGAACAUGUAUAGCUUCUGCAGGUUCCAGUAACUCAGUGAAACUGUGGGAUAUUCGAAUGAACAAGUUACUGCAGCAUUUCAAAGUUCACAGAGCAGGGGUUAAUUGUAUAUCAUUCCAUCCUUCUGGUAACUACCUCAUCACUGCUUCUACUGACGGUACCCUUAAGAUUCUGGACCUCUUAGGAGAAAGACUUAUUUACACUCUUCAUGGACACAAGGGAGCUGUACUUUGUGUGGCUUUUUCAAAAGGUGGUGAAAAAUUUGCCUCAGGUGGAGUGGAUACUCAGGUAUUACUGUGGAAAACCAACUUUGAUACUUUGGAUUAUGAAGAAGUUCUCAAACACAAUUUUAGAAGAACACAUAUUGAUGAUCCUCCUCAUCUUCUUGAUAUUUACCCAAGGUCAUCUCAUUUACAUAGUAAAAAACUCAAGUCAGUUGAGGUCAACUCUAUCUGUGAUGUGCCUGAUAAACAAACACCUGACACAAUUAUCGUCGAAAUUAGACCAUCUUCACGUAUCAGUACUACUGAUAUUGGCAACAGUGAAGAACUGCUGAGUCCCUCUCCUUCUACCUCGUCAAGAAGUUCAAAAAGGAAGGCAGAGAAUGAGAGCAGGUCAGAUGUGCAUAGUGUGGGACUGCACAGAAGCAUCUCCUCCUCCUUGGACAGUGCUUUGGACAAUAUUGUGGGGCAGCUGAAUAUGUUAACUCUAACUAUUUCAGUCCUGGAACAACGUCUUGCUUUUACUGAAGAUAAAUUGAAAGAAUUCAUAAGAAAUCAACAAAAAAUGUUACUUAAAGGAAAACAGAAGUAAUAAAAUAUGAAAAUGAA